AUGCUUACAAACUUGAAACUUACAACCCUUUUCCUGUCAUUUCACUUCGCCGUGGCCGCUCUGGCAGGGAGGUGCAAACCAGACCCGCCGCCCUUCAGCACCUUCCCCCGACGCAUCAUCUACGACCCACCCGCCGGCAAGCGCGCCUCGUACCCCCGACACGUCGAGCUCAAGGACGGCACUCUCCUCGUCACCUCCAGCAUCAUCGGCGGCGACUUCUUUGCCGGCAGCAACUCAUCCUUCCCUGUCUUCGAGAGCAAGGACGGCGGUGUUCACUGGAAAUGGAUCUCCAACAUCACCGACCAAGUCAACGGCUGGGGCAUGAGCGCACAGCCGGCCCUGCUUGAACUGCAGAAGCCGCUCGGCGGGUUCAGGGCCGGCACCAUUCUCUUCUCGGGAAACAGCUGGAGCGAGAACGGCACCCGCAUCGACCUGUACGCCAGCACCGACAAGGCGCGCACCUGGAACUUCGUCAGCCACGUAGCCGAGGGCGGCCGUCCCAACACGACCAACGGCGCCACGCCUGUCUGGGAACCCUUCCUCCUCGAAUACAAGGACGAGCUGAUAGUCUACUACUCGGACCAGCGGGACCCCAAGCAUGGACAGAAACUCGCCCAUCAACGGUCCAAGGACCUCCGCACCUGGGGUCCCGUCGUCAAUGAUGUCCGGUACGAUGAAUACCUCGCUCGCCCGGGAAUGACCGUCGUAGCCAAGAUCGAAACCAUCAACAAGUGGAUCCUGGUGCACGAGUUGCCUGUCGGGAACUCGAGCUCCUACGGCGUCAACUACCCGGUCUACUACCACAUCGCCGACGAGCCGACAAAGUUUGACUCGGCUCCUGGGAUCCCCAUAGUCAUUGACGGGAAGCUCGCGCCGAAUGCCUCGCCGUAUGUGGUCUGGUCUUCUGCUGGCGGGCCGAACGGCACCAUCGUGGUCUCGGACGCUGAUCGGAGCGAGGUCUAUACCAACCGUUUUGGUGGGGACCCGGACAAGUGGGAGAUGCAUGCUAUUGAGCAGCCUGCUGCUUACAGCCGGGCUUUGCAUAUAUUCAGGAGGGAUCCGAGGAAACUGAUGGUGCUGGGUGGCGCGACCUUCGAUGAAGGCGGUCCGGAUGAACUGAGCCUGAGUGUCCUCAACUUGAUUGAGGUGUUGAAAACGACGAUACAUCCCGCCUAGCUUACCUCUCAGUUGUUAUGGGUUGUGGUACUGACCACGGUUAUGUGCUGCGUGAAUGGUAGAUAUGGUCAAGUCCCACGAUAUUGUGUCCACCCAAUGAAUAGCCUGGGUUGUAGUUGUUGGAACCUUUCCUUUUUCCUCAAUC